UGUCAAGUCAGCAUUGUCACUAUAUAUGUCAACAAGAAAACAGAAAAAUAAGCAAAACUUUUGAGGGGGUUGGGCACAGGCACAGAAAUACUGCAGAAAACCAAGAUCAUACGUGAAAAUCAAAUUUUCAAAGAUGGGUCUCUUUGGAAAAACUCCAGAGAGAAGUCCAAAGGAUAUGGUGACAGAAUGGAAUCACAAACUGAGAAAAGAAGGAUACCAAUUAGAAAGACAAAUAAAAUCAAUUCAAAGAGAGGAAGAAAAAGUGAAGAGAGCUUUAAAGGAAGCAGCCCAGAAAAGUGAUAAGGACACCUGCUUAAUCCUGGCAAAGGAAAUUAUCAGAGCUCGUAAAGCCGUCAAUAAAAUAUACACUUCCAAAGCUCACAUCAACUCAGUAAUGUUGCAAAUGAAAAAUCAAUUAGCUACUUUAAGGGUGGCCGGGAAUCUUCAAAAAUCAACAGAGGUCAUGACAGCAAUGCAGCGCCUAAUUAGGGUCCCUGAAGUAGCACAGACAAUGCAAGAUAUGUCCAAGGAAAUGAUGAAAGCAGGGAUUAUUGAGGAAAUGCUUGAUGAAACCAUGGAUGAAUUUGAAGAUAAUGAAGAAAUGGAAGAGGCUGCUCAGACAGAAAUUGAUAAAGUCUUAUUUGAGAUCACAGAAGGUAGAAUUGGUGAGGCACCAUUGCCCCCUACUGAACCUACAGAAAAGGUGAAAGUUGUAGAACCUGAGGUGGAGGAUGAAAGUGAGUUGGAAGACAUGCAGACUAGGUUAGCUGCACUCAAGUCAUAAAUAUGUUUUUCACAUAAUUUUCACUUACAAAUUAGAUAAUUAUGACAUAAUUUAUAUACAACUGCUAUUUAUGGAAUAACAUUUAUUUUAUAUUUAUAUCCUUUUGAGCAUGAGUAAAGCAGCUAUAUAGCUAUUUGCUGCAUUGUAUUAGUAUUCACAAGUACCUUUCUUUUUGUUAUUUUGUUUUUAAAUGUGUAAUUUCCUGAGUUUUCAAAAUAUCCCUUUAUUCAAAUUGAGCAAAUCAAUUAUUUUUGUAUGAAAAUGUGAAACAGAAAAAAAAACCUACUUAGCUCAUAAUAGGUUGGUCAAUUUGGCUGUUCUUAAAUGCUUUAAUAUAUUUACAUGAAUUACUUAUAUUAGCUUUUAAUAAAAAGAAUAAACCAUUCACUGAUAUAAACAUUAUAUUAUUCACCAUACCUACAUUUAUAUUAUAACUAGAUUAUAACUGCUUCAACUUGCCAUCAACACUAGCUACAUCAUCUAUGUGAAAUUAAUAUUAAAUUAUCAAGUUUACUUAGAGAUAACAAGGGCUUCUUUAUAUAAUUGAGUCAUAUUAUACCAGUUAUCUUUGAUUCUUCAAAUUUACUGUAUUUCUCCUGAAAAAAAAUAUUGGUAGCCUGCCUUACUCACAGUUUUCAACAUAAUUGGAAAAAAGUUUAUCCUUUAACGACGCUUCUUCUUUUCUUGUUUCCUGGACUUGUGAUAAGGUCUCCUGGGAGUAUUUUGUGGGGUGCUAUGUUCUGAA